AUGAAACAACACAACCAACCAACACAUUCGAACUUGAUCAAACCACCCCUGGCGACUUUGACUCGUUUGAAUUCGACUUCGGCUUCGACUGUGAUACUGGACGAGGAGAUGAUGCACGACGGGCCAAUGCAUGUGCCUCUUACACUGUCGGCGAAUUGCCAUAUUCCACUACGUUCAGUCCUGAAGACAAGUGGCCUAUUUAACAAAGACGCUGAAUCAUCUGACAAGUUGGAUGAGUUUUUUGCAAAUGGCAAUGAAUUUACACUUCAUCGACUUCUAAGUGAUAUUAAUAGUGCUGAUUUAAAUAUUGAUAUGAAUGAAAUUGCUAAAUUUGACCCAAUGAAACUAUUCGAGACAAGAAGCUUGAGCGAGUUGUUUCAAUGCGAUUCAUUCGAUCCAAUCAAUAUUUCAAGUGAUAGUCCGUCAAAUCAAGUCGAUAGUGUUCUUCCAUCUGCAAUAGCUUGUUCAUCAGGAUCGUUUUCGGAACUUUAUCCACCAACACCUGAACUACCAGUAAAACAAGAGUUUUACGCAGAUUCAAAUCAAUUGAAAAUGGAACCAGAUAAUGCAUUAGUUUAUGCGCAGCUAAAUACACUAGAUAGUUUUACACCUACGCAAUCAAUAUCAACUCCUACUACACAACAGUUCAAUUUUGAUCCCAGUGUUUUAGCUGCUUUUGAACACGAUUAUGGCUUUUUAUCUAAAAGAUCAACUGUUGUUGAUACACCAUCACCAUCACCAACUAUUUCCAAACGAACACCAUCAGCACGUAGAUCUUGCCGUACAUCUUCUCGACUUCAAUCUCGUGCUACAUUAAUUGAUUUCAAUCAAAUACUCAAUGAAAGUGACUGUUUAUCACCAACAAUGUCUGAAGAUAGUUCUAUAUCACUGAAAAGAACGAAAAAUGCUCGUCAAGUUAAUCGUGCUACAGAUAUCCAAACAGCCGAUGAUUUGUCGUAUUAUUUGGAAAGACGUCGAAAAAAUAAUGAAGCAUCGAAAAUGUCUCGUGCAGCACGAAAACAAAAAUUUGGCGAUAUGGAUUCUCGAUGUGCUGAAUACGAACGUGUCAAUGUUGAACUUCAUUUAAAGAUUUCAGUACUGGAAACCGUCACAGCGAACUUAAAAAACGGUCUCAUUCAUAGUUUCCAACGUAAAGGUGGCGUUUAG